UCUUGACUACUUUCACGAGAGUUCUGUGUAGUUGCUCGUAGUAGUUUUGAGAACAAUAAGAACGUCAAAUUGCUAUCGUUUUGAUAUGAUCGACUCCUAUUUUUUCAAGAAAGAGUCAAAAUGUGCAAAACGCAAGCUGGAGGAGAAAGAAAUCGUGGCUGAGCCAGAAACGAAGAUGAAAGCUUUAGACAAUCCAAACGAGAAACCCUCUAGCUCUAAAUUAUCUUUUCUUGAAGAAAAUAGAAAGAUGGAUCUCAAAUGGAAACAUAUAACAUCAGAAAGUUUAAAUCUCGAUUAUGUGCAGUUAUUUUCAAAGACUGAAGCUGACACGCUCUUUCAAGAAGCGGAGAAAGUGAUAAAGUAUAACACAGACAGUAAAGUGUUUGUUCAUGGAAAAUGGCACAAUGUCCCAAGAAAGCAAGCAGCUUAUGGAGAUGCAGGUCUGACAUACACAUUCUCUGGUUCAACAGUAGCAGCUCAACCUUGGAGUAAUGCUCCCUUUCUCAAAUGCAUAGCUGAUUUGAUUUCAUCACUAGCAGGUGGACGUCGGUUUAACUUUGUUCUUGUGAACAGCUACAAGGAUGGACAAGAUCACAUGGGUGAACACAGAGAUGACGAAGUGGAUUUAGUUCCCAAAAGUUCCAUUGCGUCUCUGUCUUUAGGUCAAGCUAGAGACUUUGUGUUCCGUCACAAAGAUGCCAGAGGAAGAGCAGCGCAAAGAAAGAUUGAUCCUGUUAAGUUUGAACUGUCUCACGGCAGUCUUCUUAUGAUGAAUCACCCAACCAAUGUGUUUUGGUUUCAUUCCCUUCCCGUUCGGAAAAAGGCAAUAUGUCCCAGAAUCAAUUUCACAUUUAGACAGAUGGUUGUAAAGAAGUGAUGAAUGUUUUAUAGAGACGGGACCUACAGCUUAACGUGUUAUCGGAGAAGACAAAGCAAUGUGAGUGAAGCGACUUGCUUAAAGGACACAGGACUUGAACCCAGGCCAUCCGACCCAGAGUCCAGCACACUGACAGCUAUUACAGUUCUUUUGGUGAUAUCAAAAGAACAAAAAAAUGAAAAGGAAGUUAUUUCAAGGCAGCUGGAAUUUGUGAGGAUUAGUAUGAGAAAGGGGUAUUAAAGGGGGUAGAGCCUAUUUCUAAUGAGGUCCUAGUUUUGUAUGACUACAAAUGCUUUAAAUUCCUGUUUCAACCAUCUCUCUAAGAUUCUGGAUGUUACCUUCUUUCUGUAAGCUUUCUGGAACUUCUUGGUCGGUUAAAUGUUUAGGUAACUUGAUCAACCCGUGUAAAAAGCUCUUUGGUAACUCUUCUUUACUAUGUACAUUAUCAGUUCCCAUUUAUGGAAUUGUUAAUAAAAUAAACGACAAAAAAGGAGAACAAUCAUUGAAAUGAGCAAAACAUCUACUUUUUGAGACUUAUUUAAUUAGAAUUAUGUCCUUGUGGAACAAUAUUCCAGUUGAUGCUAGGCAGUCAGUGUUCCUUGGCUCUUUUAAGCGCAAGCUUAAGGAGUUUUACUUUAACAGACUCUUAAAUGUCUUUGAUGGCGAAAAUUAUUGCACUUUUAAAAUAAUGUGUCCUAAAUGUCGUCAGAUAAAUACCCACUCGGUUUGUAGCUGUUAGUUUCUAGUUAUUGUCUUUUUUUUGUGUGUAAGUGUAUUAGAUUUAGGGGAUAGAGGGGAUAGGAUGCUUAG